GAACUAGACAUCAAGAGAGAGAUUGAACUAACAAGAUGAAAGACCUGGGUUUUAAUUAGAGCGAGAUCUUGGUGCAAAGCUCAUCGGGACUGAGAAAUUGAGUUUGUUACAAAAACUUUUAGAAAUCUCCCUCAUUCACUCUCUUUCCUUUUAGUUUUUCUUUUUUUUCAAUUUUCCCCAAAUCUCUGUCUCCGAUCACCCUCUCCCAAUUUUAACCAAAACACCCUAUAUUUCUCAUUCUUUAAAUAUAUUUUUCCCUCACUCUGAACAAGAACAGCAAAAACAAGAAAAAGAAAUCAUGGGUUUCAAAUCCCUUUUCCACCGUAAAAAGAAAACCGAUUCCUCCAACAGUCUUUCUCUCAAUUCAUCGACGACAACAACCACAACUACAAAUUCAAACACGAACUCAGGAUCGCUAGACACACCAACCCAGAUGGCGGAACUCGAACAAGUCUUCAAGAAAUUCGAUGUCAAUGGAGACGGCAAGAUCUCGCCCUCUGAAUUAGGAUCCAUCAUGGGAAGCUUAGGCCACCCAGCCACAGAGGAAGAGCUCGAAAAGAUGAUUGUCGAGGUGGACGCUGACGGGGAUGGGUUUAUUGACCUAAACGAGUUCGUGGAACUGAACACAAAGGGUGUGGAUUCCGACGAGGCCAUGGAGAAUCUGAAAGACGCGUUUUCGGCUUACGACAUGGAUGGAAAUGGAGUCAUAUCGGCGGACGAAUUGCAGAAAGUGAUGAGGAGUUUGUGUUCUUUCACGGGUGGAACCCAAGUCUUAACAUAA